AUGACUCUCUCGCUGGCCCUCUCGCCCCAGGUCUCAGCAGUUGUUCCCACGAAGCUGUCAAAAAACGACGUCUCUCCCAACCCGGCCUUCACCCCCUCGAAGCACUUGAUCUACAGCCCACCUUCAAAGGUUUGGUCUUUGCGAGACCUAGGCUACCCAGACAGUCAAGGUAUCUCACCGUUUGGAGUUUCCGAACCAUUUCGCCUCUUUUCCGACGAUGCCAUCGAUGAGAUGCGGAGAGAGUUGUUCACCAACCGGAACAUCUGGACAGACCACCGCUUCUCCAGCAAAUAUGCUGAGUGCCAGCUGCGAGGAUAUGCUCGAGAUCAUGCACCAUUCAUCUACAAUGCCUGGAAGUCUCCAGAAACGCUGCGUAUCAUCUCCGACCUGGCCGGUCUCGACGUAGUGCCAGUAUUUGACUACGAUAUUGCCCACAUCAACGUCUCGGGGCCGAGCGUCCCAGACUUGUCACCUCUUCCAGAAGACCAAGUUGGCAAGCCAGCGCAGCAAACGAAAAGUGAGAAGCCGAGAGCCGAGGAUGAGAACGAUGCCAUUGUCAGCUGGCACAACGAUAGCUACGCGUUCGUCUGCGUCACCAUGCUCUCUGACUGCACCGGCAUGGUGGGAGGGGAAACAGCCUUGAGGACGGCCGAUGGCAACGUGAUCAAGGUCCGUGGACCUCAAAGGGGCUACGCCGUUGUGCUUCAAGGACGCUACAUCGACCACCAGGCGCUACGGGCUCUGGGCGGCACUGAGAGAGUCAGCAUGGUCACUGCGUUCCGGGCGCGAUCCUCGGAGGUGCGCGAUGACACCAAUCUAAAGCUCGUCCGGCCCAUUUCCAACAUUGACGAGCUUUACAAUGAGUAUGCGCAGUACCGGUUUGGGAUGCUGGAAGACCGCUUCAGAGCUCGGAGGGAACGAGUCGAUCAGAGCGUUCCUACCAAGGCACCCUUUAAUGUCAAGGAGACGAGGGCGUUUAUUAGGGAACAAAUCAAAUUCCUUGAGCAAAUGGAGGAGCAGAUCAUGGAGGAAGACGAUUGGAAGAAGCUAUACAAUGGGACUUAG